CGCAAGAUGUCGCUCUUGGCCUUGCUCUCGCGGGCUUAUCUUCCUCCGCGGUCAUUUUCCAUUCCCACACGCGCCGCUGCGCCGAGGCUCUGCACCGACGGCGGCGAUGUGAAGGGCGAGGAGGACUGGCGCGACGUGCGGGCGCGGCUUGUGGCGAUGGAGCAGCUCGAGCAGGCUGAUCCCGACGCUCCGCCUGGCCUCAGCUCGCCCGUCGUCAGCGGUGCCCCCGUCUACGAGACGCCGCUCAUCGAACGGGGUUCGGUGAUCCUCGGCGGCACGCAGCAGGAGUUCGGCUUCGCGCUGCGACAGCAGUACUUUCACAAGUCGGUCAUGCUUCUUCUGCAGCACGACGACGCCUUCACUCGCGGCAUCAUACUGAAUCGGCCGUCGGCGAUGGAGCUCGACGGCUGGCGCGUGUGGUUCGGGGGCGACGUGGCGGAGGGUGGACUCUUCCACGGGAAUGGACGGGCUGGAGGGACGCGCGAGAUCGUCUGCUUGCACUCGCUUACGAGCGACGCUGCGACGCGGCUGUCGAUGCCGGUGAUCAGAGGGGUGCAGUACACGACGCUCGAGGGAGCGCAGGCGCUGGUCGCCUCGGGCGAGGCGGAGAGGUCUUCCUUUUGGCUCUUCGUGGGCUACGCGGGCUGGGCGCCCAAGCAGCUCCAGGGCGAAGUGCGGCAGCACUUGGUGCCACGACCCGCCCUCGCGGAGCCGGCCCGGGCGGAGGGCGGCGACGGCGAAGCGCUCGCCGGCCGCGUGCUCUGCAGCGGGCGAGGCACCGACACCUACACGCUCGAGUCGCAGUUCCUGCACAAGUCGCUGCUCCUGCUGCUGCACGAGACGGAGCAGGGCCUCGCCGUCGCCGCGGUGCUCAACCGGCCGACGGCGAACGUCGUCCAGUUCAACCUGCCCGACCGGCCGCGCCGCGCGAUCGGCUUCGGAGGAGAGGCGCGCGUCCGCGGCGGCAGCCUCGACGUGGACGGCAACGGGCUGCUCUGGCUGCACACGCGCGGCGAGGCGCUCGGCGGCACUCCGGUCGGCGAGUGCGGCGUCUGGCGGAUCAAGUCCUCCGAUGCAGGGGCGCGCAUCAAGGAGGGGGAGGGGUUUUUUUCCGACUUUUUGCUCCUCUCGGGAGUCGUCGGCUGGGAAAGACCCGCCCUCGAGGCGCGCCUCGCGCGGGGAGAGCUCGAGCAAGUCGCCUCGCCGGCGCUGCUCUGGCCCCAGAUCUGGGCGCUGGGCGAGGUCUCCCCAGGCGGCGAGGCCGGCAGCGCAGGAGCUGGCUCCGUCGAGGCGGCGCCGGUCGAGCUGUCUGACGGCACGGCUAUCUGGUACGCGGCGCUGCAGCAAGGGGCCGGCGGCGGCGACGAAGGCUUCGGGGCGUCGCUCGGCGCGGUCCCGCCUUCCGCACUUGCCGACGAGGCGCUGCAAGUGUGGCUCCACUUUUUCGCCGGUCACCCGAUGCCCGAGGCGGCCGCCGAGUAG